AUGUCCUUGGAGAUACCCUCCAAAGACUAUGCGUACCAAUGGGUCAUGCAAUGGAUGGUAGCCAAUCGGAUUCAUGGCUCACGCCAUUUGGGUGUGGAAACCACCUACAGCAAGGACGCAGCGGGAAGACAAACCGCAGCUUUCGACUUCAUUCCCAGUCCUGGCCGACACUGGGUCAGGUGGCGGGGGAACUUCAUCUUGGUCGACCGAGCCCGAGAGACCAAAACCGUGGACAUGUCCACCGGAGCUCCAUGGGAGACGCUGACGCUGACAGCCUUGUCGAUUCGACCCAACGUCUUCCAAGACAUCCUGGCGGAGGCGAAACAGGCAGCUCUUGAACGGGAAGAGGGCAUGACAAUCAUCUACCAGUGUUACGGGCACGAAUGGAGGCCCUUUGGAAAUCCAAAGAGAAUCAGGCCCUUCGAUUCCGUGGUUCUGGAUUCAGGAGUUUCAAAUCAUGUAUUUGAUGACAUCCAGGAUUUUCUACAGAGCCAUAAAUGGUACUUGGACAGAGGUAUCCCAUAUCGACGAGGCUACCUUUUGCACGGCCCACCUGGCUGUGGGAAGUCUUCCUUUGUCUCAGCGCUUGCUGGUCGUUUGGGCUACAACAUUUGUGUGCUCAACUUGGGUGACCCAAGUAUGACCGAUGACCGACUUGCACAUAUGCUCGCUGUGGUGCCACCACGAUGUUUGGUGCUUUUGGAGGAUGUGGACUUUGCCGUGGGGCAGCAAACCCCCGCAGAUCCCUCUGGGCCAUAUGCAGGAGUCACUCGUGUGAGCUUCAGCGGCCUCUUGAAUGCCUUGGAUGGCGUCAUCGCCACUGAGGAGAGAGUGGUCUUCAUGACUACGAACCACUUCCAUGCACUGCCUAGGGCACUGGUAAGACCUGGGCGAGUUGAUCUGUCGAUAUACAUCGGCUUGGCCUCCAGGUCACAGCUGAAAAUGAUGUACUUGCGGUUUUUCCCUGGUCAAGAGGAUCUGUCGGAAACCUUUGCCACUGUUUGCGAGGACGAGGGACUAAGUAUGGCAGAGCUGCAAGGCUACUUCAUGUUCUUCAAAAACAAACCAGAGGAGGCUGUGGCCAAUAUCAAAGAGUGGCUGGACGAGAGACGCAAGGUUCACGAGGACCGAAGCGUGAAGAUAUUGAGAAUCUCUGUGUUUUUCUCAAUGUGA